AUGUACGGAAAAAACAAGAUGAUGGUUGUUCCCUCUGACGCUCAGUCUAAGGAGAAGCUUGCCAUGUACGUUCACGAGUACUUGGUGCACAUUGGAGCCCAGAAAACGGCAAGUUCGUUCCUUCAAGAAGGCUUUGUGAACUCCGGAUAUCCCAACGGGCUCCCUCACGAACAUUGCAUGCCAGGACGUCCGAUACCGAACGCACCGCCUUUCCUUCAUCGUGUUUCUCAGCCCGGCCCACAUCCUGGCCUCCAGGGGCCAGUGACAAGCAUGCCCCCUUCUCUGGGCGGCGGUCCCCCUGAUUCUAUAGGUGGUGGCGCAAUGCGCCAGCGUCCUACUCUUCCGCCUAUGCUGCCGGGCGGUCAGCCUCCUGGUCCUCCAAUGCACCCCUCAAUGCGGUUCCACCAGUCGCCGUAUGGACCACCUGUUGGAGGUAUGAUGCCGGGUCCACCUGGACACCCUCACAUGCCACCAAGAGCUCGUUGGCUAGGUCCUGGAGCGCCUCAGCCACAGCAGGGGCCUCCUCCACUCUCUCAACAACAGCAGCCCCCCUGUAGCAGUGUCGGCCCUCCUAUCCCACCCCAGACACCUGGCGGGGGAAUAGCUCCUAGCCCUGGGCACCCUGGCACACCGAGCGGAGGCCCUCCCCAUGUAGCCAGUCCGAAUAACGGAAACAACCCCAAUCCUGAGUCGCAACAGCCUCCACCGCAUUAUGCUCCGCAGCAGCAGACACCUCCUACGUCUUCAUCUGCCCUCCAAAAUGACCAACCUCAACAACAACAACAGCAACCAAUUUUUACUAGUCGGAACGAAUUUGAUGGAGGCGGCACAGUCAUUAUGAACGGAGGGAGUGGGCGCAACAGUGGUCCAAUGAUGCCACCGCCACCACCAGAGUAUGGCCUUCCACCUAACCCUGCUGGCCCAGGCCUUCCAUAUCCUGGCCCCGAUGUGAAAAUGUCCCCAAUGCAUGUUGUGGAUAUGCUGGGGGGACCCCCUCCUAACGGACCGGGUCAGCAAUCAAUGAUGAUGCCUUCGGAGUACGGGGGAGGAGGAGGUGGCCCUGGGAGCGGGGGAUUCGUAGGAGGACCACAGCCUCAGAUUCCACCGGAACUGAUGUCUUCUGGACAGCCUCCAGGCAAUGGCGGAUCUCAACAGCCUCCACCGUCGACUUCGGGACCACCAAUGAUGCAGCCGCAACAGCAGCCCCACAGUGUAGCUGCAGCGGGGCAGGCACCCCCACCCCCUCAAUACAUGUCCUCGACCGGUGGACUUUGCGCUGGUGGGCCUGUCCAAUUUCCGGUAAUUUGCGUUCUUAUUCUCAGUAAAAUCCAUGCACCCUCCCCCCUUCUCUCAUAG